UCCCGCGCGCUCUUCUUGUCCUUUCACCCCACUCGGUCCCUGCUGUUUUUCCGGUGACUCUCGCGAGUUUUGGGGCUCCCAGGCCGGGAGGCUGCAAUAUGGCGGAAGCCGAAGGGGAGAGCUUGGAGUCCUGGCUGAAUAAAGCCACCAAUCCUUCCAACCGCCAGGAGGACUGGGAGUAUAUCAUUGGCUUUUGUGAUCAGAUCAACAAGGAACUUGAAGGGCCUCAGAUUGCUGUCCGGCUGCUGGCUCACAAAAUCCAGUCCCCUCAGGAGUGGGAGGCAGUCCAAGCCUUGACAGUGCUGGAAGCAUGUAUGAAGAACUGCGGGAGGAGAUUUCAUAAUGAAGUGGGGAAGUUCCGUUUUUUGAAUGAGUUAAUCAAAGUUGUCUCUCCCAAGUACUUAGGGGACAGGAUCUCAGAGAAGGUGAAAGCCAAAGUCAUUGAGCUGCUGUACAGCUGGACAGUGGCCCUGCCAGAGGAGUCCAAAAUCAAGGAUGCUUACCAGAUGCUUAAGAGACAGGGGAUUGUGCAGUCUGACCCAUUGAUUCCUAUGGACCGGACACUCAUCCCCUCCCCACCACCUCGUCCCAAGAAUCCUGUUUUUGAUGAUGAGGAGAAAUCCAAGCUCUUAGCCAAGCUGUUGAAAAGCAAAAAUCCAGAUGACCUCCAGGAGGCCAACAAGUUGAUCAAAUCCAUGGUGAAGGAGGAUGAAGCUAGGAUCCAGAAAGUGACAAAACGACUACAUACUUUAGAGGAAGUCAACAACAAUGUAAAACUUCUUAAUGAGAUGUUGGUUCAUUAUAGUAAGGAGGACUCAUCAGAGGCAGAUAAAGAACUCAUGAAGGAGCUGUAUGAUCAAUGUGAAACCAAGAGGAGAACAUUGUUUAAAUUGGCCAGUGAGACAGAAGAUAAUGAUAGCAGCUUAGGAGACAUCCUGCAAGCCAGUGACAAUCUUUCACGGGUUAUCAACUCCUAUAAAAAAAUUAUUGAAGGACAGGUUAUUAAUGGUGAGGUGGCUUCCCUAGCCAUAUCUGCCCCAGAAGGAAGCAACCCCUCCAGUAACGUCAACACUCUGAUUGAUCUUGCUGAAUUGGAUAUGUCUAGCAGCCCACCCCUUGUGCUGGCCCCACAACCUGCCCCACCAUCCUCAGACAUCCCUAUCCUUCCACCCCCUCCACGAAGCUGCUCCUCUAGUCAGGCUGAAGCCUCCUCUGCGGUCAGUGGUGUGACCAACUCUCUCUCCCUGUUGGAUGAAGAGCUGUUAUGUUUAGGCCUCUCUGACCCAGCCCCUAAUGCUGCUCCAAAAGAGUCAACAGGGAACAGCCAGUGGAACCUGUAUCAGGGCAGCCCUUUCCUCCAGUCCUCUACACAGCCCUUGAACAGCUCCCCAGCCCCACUGCCUCCUCCCUUUACGGCUCCCGCUACCAAGGCCAGCGUCCCUGCCCCCAACACAGGCUCAUUCUUGUUCUCCAUGGGACUGGCCACGGCUACACCGCAAAAGGUGGGGCCACCAGCCCCUGGGUACCUCAGCUCAACUGUGGGUGAUAGUUCCCUGCACCAGUUGGAUGUUCUCAACCAGCUUCUGGAAGAGACCAAAGGGACAUCAGGCUUGGUGAAACCUGUCUCCUCCAGCUUCCUCCCUGGGGUCACCUCCCCGAUCAUCCCCAGCAACGCUCCAGUGGGGCCACCUGGCUCCUUUCCUGCUGGGCCCGGUAGCCCUUUGUUCCAACCACUGCCAUUCCAGCAGGGAAGUCCCCUGAAGGGAAACGAACUCUCCCUGACCAAUGUCCACGUUCCAUUGGAAUCUAUCAAACCAAGCAGUGCUCUUCCAGUGACAGCCUAUGACAAAAAUGGCUUCCGCAUCCUCUUUCAUUUUGCCAAGGAGUGCCCACCUGGGCGGCCCGAUGUGCUGGUGGUCGUGGUGUCCAUGCUGAACACAGCUCCGCUGCCUGUCAAGAGCAUUGUGCUGCAAGCAGCAGUGCCCAAGUCCAUGAAGGUGAAGCUGCAGCCUCCCUCAGGAAUAGAACUUUCUCCAUUCAACCCUAUCCAGCCACCUGCAGCCAUAACCCAGGUUAUGUUGCUGGCCAACCCACUCAAGGAGAAGGUAAGGCUGCGUUACAAGCUGACCUUUGCCCUGGGGGAUCAGCUCAGCACAGAGGUGGGUGAAGUGGACCAGUUUCCCCCAGUGGACCAGUGGGGGAACCUAUGACCUAUCAGGACAGCUGUGAUCUCUGCCUAGAGGACAAGGGAUGCUGCCAGCUACACCAGAAAGGAAGAGGACCACAUAUGCACUGCAGUGCAGUCCUGCUUUGUUUCUGUGGCCUGACAACAGUGCUUAUAGUUGAACUUUGGAACAUGGAAACAUGGGCAGUGCUAAACUGGCCACUUCUCCUUGGUCUUGAAGGGAAACCCGCCCCCCCAUCCACAUACUUUUUUCCCCCUUCUACUUUAAUAACUUGAAAUAAUGAUACAGCUGAGGGACAAGGCAGAGCCAGCUGUCAAGGUGGAUGGUUCCCUCUUCUCCUAAGCAAUAUCUGGCCUGGAUCAGUUCACUACAGUGAUGAGGGGAAUUCUGCCUGUAGAAAGAUUUUCCCAGAUCUCCUAUCCCUAAUUAACACCUGGUUUGUUACCACCACCAAAGACCCUUGGCACAGGGGGUAUUUGGGCCAAAACCCCACAACCACUUCCUCUCAGUAUUACAGGCUGAAAUCUGAUAGGAAAUGUAACAAGAGUGGUGAACUCUUUCCUCAUAUAUUUCAGGUGUUUGCUGACUAUGUGCUACAAUUACAACAGAACUAACUAGAUAGUAUGUGGAAAAAUAAGGCAACCAGUGUUCCCCCAGUGCAGGGGGUAGGGGAACAUGUGCUAGUUCAAAGCUUGGGCCAAUGAACUCUGGUACAGAAAUGAUACCUCUUCUCCCUGCUUAGUGCAGAAUAAAGAACUGCCUCCCUAUCCUGCCA